AUGCAACGAGAACGUCAAAGCAGUGGUAAGGAGAAAGAAGGCCUGAGUACAACCGGCGACAGUCUGAAGGAUGCCGAAGUCAUGAUCAUUAUACCCGAAGACAUAACCCUGAGGAGGCGUAUCCAUCGUAUGGUACAAUACGUGGCUAUAUAUGGGAAUGAUUUCGAGGCGCUGAUUAUGCAGCGCGAAUUCCAAAAUCCCGAUUUCGAGUUCUUGUACGAGUACAACAGCAAGGAG